GUGAGCUUUUACGAAUACGCAGAAGCUCAAAGGUGGCAGCCAACCAAUUGGCGCAUUCAAUGGAGGUGGAACGCCCUCCCUUCAGCGACUGGGAGCCCCAUGAGAAGAAGGUAGUCUUGAAGCUGACGUUGGUUAGGCACGGCGAGACUGUCGCGAACAGAGAUCGCAUUGUCCAGGGGCAGACUCCAGGCGAGCUCACUGAGUUUGGAAGAGAGCAGGCCAGAAGGCUAGGCAAGCGCGUUUCAAAGCAGCGGUGGGAUGCCUUCUACUGCAGCGACCUCGCCAGGACUCAGCAGACGGCGCAGGAGCUCCUAGCUGGGGCUGGCGCUGAUGUCACCUCCAUCAUGGGUGACUCUGGUCUAGUCACUUCCCUGCUCGAAGCAGAAGAGGCUUCAGAGGUACAUCUGGGACCAAACGCUGACGAGGCCAAGGGGAGCUUCCCUAAGAUGGUCAGUCUGAAACUUUUGAGGGAGCGGAGCGCAGGGGAGCUCGAGGGGGGGCCCACUGGAUGCGUGGACGCCGCUGCCAAGGCCUCUGGCGUUCCCUCUAGGUAUUUUCGGCCCAAGGAUGGCGAAAGCUGGGAAGACGUGCAAACUCGAGCGGACCAGUUCCUCAGGUGGCUCGUUGACGGCCACCUCCAAACAUCCCCACUGCCCAAAAGCGACUCAAAGCCGCAGGGCCAUGUGGAUGGGAGUGCAAUAGCUUUCAAGUUCUCGGGCGACACUAUAGAUGGCCAUGGGGCCAUUGACAAGGCCUUUCCACCAGGGUCUGAAGCAGGCACCGUGCUCCCAGUCCGAGCUGAACCCCCGAGGCGCAUGCUCAGGUCAGGAAGUUUCACCGGGGGGGUCCCAAACAUACAUCAUCUGGCUCAGAACAUCAAGCACGUGCCUCAGAACAUCCCACUAGGACCGGAUAUGGCCCCUCCGAACCAAAUGCGGCGGUCGGGAAGCUUCUCGAGCAAGCUUCGGGGGAUCAAGCGAGUCCCUUCGAGUGAGUUGCAGGGGUUGGGGGUAACGUCCGGGGGCCGGAUGUUGCGGUCGGGGAGUUUCACUGGGGAGCCCCGGGCCGCGAACAAGAUCCUGGGGAUCCCCCGGUCCGAGAGCUUUGGGGAGGGGGGUGAGAGCGCGCCCCCCCGUGUGGCGGGGGUGAAGCGGGCCGGCAGCUUCAAUGCGCUGGCUCCUAAGGUCAUGAAACGGGUCGACAGUCUGGGGCUGUCCAAGCUGUUUACCGAGGAGAUGCAGGUCGAUGAGUUUGCAGGGGGGGGAGCGGAUGCCGCCAGGGGAGGGGGGGAGAGCGCGGGUUCUGGGUCCGACGACGAGUUGGAAGGUGCGGGGCUAUACGAGGGUCGGAGGAGUGGGCAGUACGGAAGGAAUGGGGGCAAACUAGAGGAGGAGGAAAGGAGGGGAUCUGUGAGUGUAUGGUCGGAUUCAGACUGCGGUGACGGAGAGAUGCAGGUGAUCGAAUUAGGACCGGGGGGUCAGAAUCGGGAGGAGGGGAUGGAGGGAGUUGAGCAGGCAGCAGAAACGGAAGAGCGGCGACCGUACAGGAACAGUCCGGCGGAAAUGAGCGGGGAGGCUGGAAAAGAUAGGGAGGAGAACGGACGACGUUCUGGCCGUCAUGGUGCAAGCAGUCUGGGAAGCGGAGACGGAGAGAAGGGUCGGAGUCCGAAGGAGGGACCGGAGGCUCCUGGGCCAGCAAACGGUGGAGAUAAAUUUUUGCGGCCGUUCGAAAGCGGGACGGACGGGAAAGAGCGUCCGAAGGGGAGGAGGAAAGGCGGACGGCCAUCCGUCAAGAGAGUCCUCGUUGUCACGCACGGUGGCUUCAUCAAGGAGUUCGUGAACGCUUCCAUGGCCUACGCCGAGGGCCCUAACCUCAGCAAAACCCGGUCUCAAACCCGGCAGAGCCUCGGCUGGCGAACCCUGCUAAACCCCGCGGGUUUACCGUCCCAGGAAGCUGCACAAGUGCUGGACGGAGCGAAUAGGCCGCCAGGGGCCGCUUCUCUCCAGGGUCCGAUCCAGAUUCAGCGCACGUUUGGUCACAACAAUUUCGUUAGCUUCCGCGCCGUCGAUGAAAACGGGCGGUCCGAGCACUUAGCUGGGCCGAGCCAGAACACGUUCGAAACUCGCGAGCCUAGUUGCGACGGCGCGUCUGAAACGCUGACGCCAAAAAGAUUGUCCUUCGAUCAGCAUUCCGUGGCCGGGCCGUCGAGCCCUGUCUCCGGUCCGGUUUCCGGUUCCGCUCCUGACGAAGUGGGCGGAACCGGGCCAAACGGCAAUCCACCGGCUAAUGGGGACGCGUCAGGGGGCGCAAAUGGCACGCGCUUUGGGGCGGAGUGCAGGAGGGCCACGCCGGUUUACCCGGGCCGUCCGAGGAACACGUCCGUGUACGAGUUUGAGAUCAAGCGACUGGAGGGGAGGCGAGGGACGCCGCGCUUCACCGUCAAGAUGAUACGGGAGAACGACGUGUAUCACCUGGACGGUCUAGUUGCAACUCGAACGUUUCACAGCCCUCGAACGGGUCAGAAGGCUGAGGAGAAGGUUUUGUGGCAGUCCCCUCUGGCAAAGUUGCUUGAUCAAUGACUUGGUCUUCAGUGCUUUCGCUAUUGUCAACGGGGAAGCUCUUUAUAAUCCCAAAUUUCUUAGUCGAGCAUCCACUUCAAAUGCGGUGAAGACCCGACCGUCUCAAUCGAUGAUCAAAAAGUACACUGGUAAGAUUGAGCAAUCACGACCGACAGUCAUGCGCUUGUACCUUAUGGAAGGGUU